AUGAGCGACGCGCGCAACCGGCGCCUCAACGAGGACGAGCCGCAGCAACAACGACGGGACAGCCUAGAAGACUCAGUGAUGGAGUAUCUCAACUCUCCUCGCUUGACACAAAUGGUAUACAACAAAACGAAUACACGCAAGAUCGCGUAUUCGGAGGUAGGAGAUCCCAACGGUGCAGUGGUGUUUGUCUGUGUUGGGAUGGGCUUGACACGAUAUGUGACGGUAUUCUACGACGAGCUUGCUACUACUUUGCGCCUUCGACUUAUCACUUUGGAUCGUCCUGGCGUUGGAGGCAGUGGUCCCUACCCCACGAACGAUAGAAGUGGUCCUCUGAGCUGGCCGGACGACAUUUUGGCGAUCUGUCAAGAACUUGGGAUCACCAAAUUCAGUAUACUCGCGCAUUCUGCUGGCGCCAUCUACGCCCUUGCUACUUCACUGAUCCUGCCCCAGAUGUUGAUUGGGAAGGUCCAUUUGCUCGCCCCAUGGAUCCCGCCAAGCCAGUUGGAAGCUGUCCCGCAUCAGACUACAUCCGCUUCACCAGCCAGCGGGCUUCCACGCAGUCAGCGAUUUCUGCGUGUGUUGCCGACACCAUUACUGAGAGCAGCCAAUGCAGCGUUCAUGUCACCGACCUCUGGAUCGACCAAAUCAUCUUCCCCACAGGCUCGCGAGCGAUCAGUCAGUCAAGACAAUCGACGCGAGUCAAUGAUGUUGAUGGAUCGCUUCAUGCCGACGGCUAAUCCUCUGGAAGCCUACUCCGACUCCACCAAAGACGGUGGUGACUUCGACCCAGCUCUCAAGCGUGGCUCGCUCGUCCUUUCUGCGACCGCCUUCCCGACGGACCCAAGCUUCAGCUAUGCGGCGUCGGCGCUGAAUGCUGCCGAACAUACCGAGAAGAAACGACAAGCGCAUUACACUAGUCGGCUUACUGAACGCACAUGGGAGCUGGCAACACGAGACAGUAACCCGGCGACCGAUCUCCUAGUUUGCCUGGAGCGCCAUCGCGAUAUCGGCUUCCGCUACACCGACAUCAAACGUCAAAUCGUCAUCACACACGGUAUCGAGGAUAAGCGGGUUCCUGCGGCGAACAUCCGCUGCCGCGACGGCUGGGCUGACCCUGCCCACGCCCGUGGCGGCUGUGAGGUGCGCAUACUCCAAGGCGAAGGUCACGGUUUGAUGGCUAGCCCGUCCAUCAUGAGCGACAUUCUCGCUGAGAUUGCCGGCUACUGGGUCGGGCAGGAUAGAGGCUAUGUGCCGGUCUGAAUAUCAUCGUUGCGCACAUGCAACUUUGACGUGCUAUGCAAGAGGUCAGAUUGGACAUCGAUUGCUAUUCGCGAUGUCACACGCAACAUAUUCAGGAUCUCUCUCUCUGGCCGACGUUUGGUUAUUUCGAAUCGCGCCCUCCUACGCAAUGUUCUCUCGGAUCAACCAGCUUCAAGGACCGCGGCCGGACUUUACCCGCAUGUCCAUUCUGGCUUUGAUCUCAUGUCCCAUUCUUUCAACAUUUAUUUCCUUGUGGUCAAAAUGGCGGUGGGAGCGAGUUUUGUGAAAAAGAUACCCCGAUUGAUGAGUGGGCGGACUGUUCUUGGUCUGCAAUUUUCGAUAUAUUUUGGGGGAUGCUUUUUAACUGGUGCGGGGAGUGUUGAGCUCUUCCGCAUCUCGAUGUAGAUAAUAUUGUAUUGACUUAACCUGAGACGAUGU